CGAGAAGGCGGUCAAGAGCUUGGUGAAGAAGCUCAAGAAGACGGGGCAGCUGGACGAGCUGGAGAAGGCCAUCACCACACAGAACGUGAACACCAAGUGCAUUACCAUCCCCAGGUCACUGGAUGGCCGGCUGCAAGUGUCCCAUCGGAAGGGGCUUCCCCAUGUUAUCUACUGCCGCCUGUGGCGAUGGCCUGACCUGCACAGUCACCAUGAGUUACGGGCCAUGGAGCUAUGUGAGUUUGCCUUUAACAUGAAGAAGGACGAAGUGUGCGUCAAUCCGUACCACUAUCAGAGAGUAGAGACACCAGUUCUACCUCCAGUGUUGGUGCCACGCCACACCGAGAUCCCGGCCGAGUUCCCCCCGCUGGAUGACUACAGCCAUUCCAUCCCUGAGAACACUAACUUCCCCGCUGGCAUUGAGCCCCAAAGCAAUAUUCCAGAAACCCCACCCCCUGGCUACCUGAGUGAAGAUGGAGAAACUAGUGACCACCAGAUGAGCCACAGCAUGGAUGCAGGCUCUCCAAACCUAUCCCCGAAUCCGAUGUCCCCAGCACACAAUAACUUGGACCUACAGCCAGUGACCUACUGUGAGCCAGCCUUCUGGUGCUCCAUCUCCUACUACGAGCUGAACCAGCGAGUUGGGGAGACAUUCCACGCCUCACAGCCAUCCAUGACAGUAGAUGGCUUCACCGAUCCCUCCAACUCAGAGCGCUUCUGCCUGGGCCUGCUGUCCAAUGUCAAUCGGAAUGCAGCUGUGGAACUUACUAGACGGCACAUUGGGAGAGGCGUGCGGCUCUACUACAUUGGAGGGGAGGUCUUUGCAGAGUGUCUCAGUGACAGUGCUAUUUUUGUUCAGUCACCCAACUGCAACCAGCGCUAUGGCUGGCACCCUGCCACCGUCUGCAAGAUCCCUCCAGGCUGCAACCUGAAGAUCUUCAACAACCAGGAAUUUGCUGCCCUCCUGGCCCAGUCUGUCAACCAGGGCUUUGAGGCUGUCUACCAGUUGACUCGCAUGUGCACCAUCCGUAUGAGCUUCGUCAAAGGCUGGGGAGCGGAGUACAGGAGACAGACAGUGACCAGUACCCCCUGCUGGAUCGAGCUGCACCUGAAUGGGCCCUUGCAGUGGCUUGACAAGGUCCUCACCCAGAUGGGCUCCCCCAGCAUUCGCUGUUCCAGUGUGUCUUAGAGAUACUAGGAGUGAAGGGCGUGGGUGGGGGAGGGUGGGCUUGGGGAAAAUGGCCUUGGAAGAGAACUCCAUCCAACUUGUUCUUGUCAAAGACAACAAAUUUCUCUCAACUAAGGCACCAACCUGUUUCUGAAACCACACACACACACAAUCCCAGGGAUGAUUUAUGAACAGCUGUGUCUGCUGCAGUCACGUGCCCCAGUUUGAGGCCCAAAUAAUGGCUUCUGAUCUGGUGGCUUGAGCUAACAGGUGGUGUGCUGCCAUCUGACUCCUUGUUUAAUGACAGAGAUCUGGGAUGUGACCAUCUAAAAAGGAAAGUGCGUUUCUCAAGGCCUGGAGUGUGGAAGAGUGCCCUAGAUUCCUGUAGCUGUGGAUAAAAACACCAACGGAGCAUGUCCUGCCCCACCACUUUCACAGAGAGGGGGGUACCUGGUGAACUGGAUGGCCUGCACCGACCGGCAUUUUCCUGCCCUCAGAAUGCACAGGAACAUGCCAGUGGGUAAAGCUGUUGAGAGCCAUGUCUUCAUUGUUCCUUCUCCCUUGCAAGGACCUGCUGAAGCUCAGUGUAUAUGGGACAUAUAGCUCUUAUUAUCACAUUACUCUUAAAGAGACUUGGUGUUGUCCAGGUGCUCACAGAAAGCAAAGUGAGUGCAUGUCCAGGCGAGGUGACACCUUAUUCUGAUGCAUAUGCUGUGUUGGUUUAUGGAGCCAGCUGCGUUAAUGAAUUCACCUAGCAUGGGUUCUUGGAAAUGUCUUUUGUUUUACAAAAACAAUCCUGGGUACGUACAUUGGCUGGAAGACCAGAGUGGACCCAGCAACUGCUGCUUGCCCUGAGGUUUGGAAACAGAUUUACAGAAGCCAGUUCACCAGAAGGUAAGACAUCCGAGGCCGACAUGGGCAAAUGAAAAGGGCUAUUACAAUUUUUUUACACCUUGGGAAAUUGCAGGCUUGGUGCAGAGAGGCCUGUCAUCUUCACUCUGGGAUGUAAGAUUACCCAGCUUUGGUAAAAGACUGCCACCGAAAACUGCUGCAGUGAUACUGUGUAAUGAGCACCGUGCCCAGUGGCAAUUACAGAGAAAACGAGUAUAAAUUAUUUCAACUGGAAAAAAAAAAAGUCCCUUUCCCGGCUUUUUUAGAACACAGCACAUGGGAUCGCCACCUGCAAUUGGUACUUCUUGGCUGCUGUUUCUGUUGUGAAAUGACUAUCCCAUGUCUUUGCAUCGAUUUCCUGCCGAAGUCCUGUCCUGUUCCAGAAGGGAAGAAAGUGCACCCUCCAAUGUGAUGAAUUUUCUGAUGCUCCAGAGACUCAGGGGCACAUUCUGGUGCCUCUCCUGCAGGAUCCUGUGGCCUCUGAAGUGCUGGGAAGGAUGUUUCCAGUUGGGCAUGCUGUGUUCCCCAAGUCUCCUUUAGAUACAAGAAGCCUGUGAGCAUCUUCCCCAAGGCUGUUGCUACAGAACCCAAAGGCAGUUCUGAAUGCCUACCAUCCUCUGAGGGCACAGACAGAGGAUGUGAACAUUGUGCCAGCUUGAAAUGGUCUGUGGACUGCUGCUUCUUCAGACACAGGAAGUCCGUGGAACUGCUUGUAUGUCACCCAUGCUCUGAGUCAGGUCCAGCACAAGGAUGUUCUGAUGUGAUUUCUACUGAAACUAUUGGUGAUGGCUCGUGGGGACCUGCCUUAUCCAUUUGUUGCCUAGUUUCCUAGGGGCUUCCUGUGGCCCAUCGUCAUCCCCCAGGAGCCUGGAGAAGAGCUCCAUACACCCAAUGGGAGUCACCCAACAGCCCAUUCUGUAUCUGGGAAAUGCACGAGAACCUGCAGUGCUUAGCUGAUGGCUACUCUUGGGAGGCACGAAGUUAUCUUUUUUUUUCCUCUCUUCUUGCCAAAGGUUGUUACUUCCUUGGCUCCUUUGCUUUACUGGCCAGUUGCUGGAGAAGGAUGUACAAGGGAAUUCUAGGCAGGUCUACUCUUGGCAUCCCUGAAAAUAAAAGGCUUGGAAUCUAAAGAAUGCCACUCCAUGGUGGAGAACACAGGUCCUUUGGGUAUGUGUAAUCUAAGUGUCCUCCUGAGUUAGUUUUCCAUCUUGUCUUGUAUGAACAGCAUUUGUACUUCUGCUAAAAAAAAACAGUUGGAAAUCAAGAGGAAAGCAGUGAAGCUGCCACUGUGGCCUUUGAAGUGUGUGGUUCCUUUAGGUGACCUGACUGCAUGUGCUGUGCCAGCCUCAGGCUUCUGCUGACACUGACCCACAUGGCUGGUGCUGGGCAGAAAUCCUUCAACAUCCUGGAGAAGCUAACUUUGUACCCCUCGCCUCCCCAACUUAACUUAGUGCAUGUGGAUUGCAGGCCUGUGCUGGCAUGUCAUCACAGCCGGCCACCUUCCAGGGGUUCUGUAGAAGCCCUGGCAUUUUGAGAAAGGCCUGGAGUGGAGAGCAGGGACUCUCUUAGGAAGAACCAGGACUCUCUUAGCAAGGCUGCUGGCAGACUUCUCCACUGUCCUGAGAGUGUGUUGUAUUAUUUUUAUUGUCCGUGACAUUUUUUUUUUUACUCGUUAAUGUAUUGAGCCACAGUGCUUACGGGGCGUUGUGGUCUUGCUCUUCCCCAACUUGCUUUUCAGAAUGGGGAUAUAUUCCAGGGCUUGAUGUUUUCACUGAAACCACAAAGGUUUUCUUUAAUAGUGUGUGUGGUCACGCAUGUGCCUGAGCUGUCUGGUGCAGAGGUGAGUAUCUGACUUCAUUCUUAGCCCCAAGCUGCCAUUUCCAAGGUUUUCUUUGUUAUUUACGUCCUUGAGAGGCUGGAAAACUACCUGCACCAGAAGGGACACAGCUCCAGCUCUGCACUGAAUAUCUUACUGUGUGUGCCCUUUACAUUAACAGGAACCUGGUCAGAGCUCACUUACAUUUCCUGGGAGUGGCAUCAGUGUUCCAUCAUCGGCCUGUUUAAGUAACAGUCUUCACAGUGCUCAGCAACUUCCCAAGUGGGUAGAAAGCCACACCCCAGGAUGGGGGUCAAACACAAAGAUGUGGCAUGGCUGACAGGAGGUACUGGAUGGAGGGGAACAUGCUUCAGCAUGGCUAUCACCUUUGAAACGGCCCCUGCAGUUGGCUGGUGUUAACACAAAAGUGAUGUUUAGCAUUCUGCUCUUUCCAUAUUUAUGUAACAACUCCUUAAAACCAUUCAGACAGAUAACUAUUUAAUUUCUUAAAGACAGUUGUAAAGGUUCUCUCCCCCAGGACAGUGACUCGGUAGAGCUGAGGCACAGCCAGUCCUGAACCCUGAUCGAGGCUGCAGUGGUUUUUUUUUUUUUGGUACAGGAUCCACAAAAUCAGACCAGACUGGGUUAACAAGUGGUGGCAUGCACAAACAGGCCGCUCUAGUCAAGCCCAGGCUCUUCAACAGCAUGUCCUCUGAACCAAUGCCCCUCCCUUCUGGGACUGAAAACUUCACAUAGAAAUUGGAGCCAUCUUUGUCCCAGAAGCCUUUGCUGCUGCCAGGGCAAGUGGGCUGGUGUGGACUCUCAUUUAGGGAUACCUGGAAGCUGAGAUUACUGUCACUAUUCAGCCAUCCAGGGCUUUAGUAUCUUUGUAAAAAGCAUGUAUUUAUAGUGUUUUAGAUUUUUCUAACUUUUGUAUCUUACAGCAUUGUACCCCAAUGUUAAGGAGCCGUGUCCCCUCUUAUAAGCGCCCUCCUAAUAAUAAACUUUUCACUGUAAAGCUCCUGGGCUAGAA